CCAGUAAACAUGUGAAAAAAUCCGAAAUGAUAGGGACUCCUUUGCUAUAGAUGAUUCAGUAAAUAGAGAGCCUACAACACACAACAGCAGUUCCAGGUUGUUGGGUAACCUCAGAGUAACUGAAAUGAAAAUGGAUUGCAUCUCAUCCAUAAGAAACAUUUUUAUUCUUCAGCUGGGGCUUUGGCUUCCUCUGGCUUUAGCAGACACUCACUCUCUGAAAUAUUUCUACACGGCUGUGUCAGGAGACAUUGACCUUCCAGAGUUUACUGCUGUGGGUCUCUUGGAUGAUGAGGAAUUCAUGUAUUUUGACAGUAACAUAAAGAGAGCUAUUCCUAAAACAGAUUGGAUCAGAGACAAUACUGGGACAGAUUACUGGGACCAGGAGACUCAGACAGACAUUGGUCAGCAUGAGGUCUUCAAGAAAAACAUUCAGAUAGCAGUGCAACGCUUCAUGCAGUCAGCAGGUGUGCACACAUUACAGAACAUGUAUGGCUGUGAAUGGGAUAAUGAGACUGGAUUCAUAAAUGGGUUUGAUCAGUUUGGAUAUGAUGGACAGGAUUUUAUAGCUCUGGAUAUGAAGCACAUGACAUAUGUUGCUCCAGUACCACAAGCAGUCAUCACUAAAAACAAAUGGGACAGUGACAGAAAAAGGCUUGAGUAUGAGAAACAGUACUUGACCAAAGUGUGUGUGGAAUGGCUGAAGAAAUAUCUGGCAUAUGCGAAUAGCACACUGGAGAGAACAGUCUCUCCUGAGGUGUCUCUCUUGCAGAGGGAUCCCUCUUCUCCAGUUGUGUGUCAUGUUACAGGUUUCUACCCCAGGCAAGUGAUAAUUUCCUGGCAGAAAAAUGGUCAAGACCUUAGUGAGGAUGUGGAUCUUAGAGAGACCGUCCCUAAUGGAGAUGGAACCUUCCAGAAGAGCAGUGUCCUCUAUAUGAGGCCUGAGGACUGGAGGAAUAACCCUGAGACAUAUUCAUGUGUGGUUCAGCACAGGAGUCUGACAGAGGACAUUGUUAUCCAACUGAAACCAGAGAAUGUCAAAUCCAACCUAGGGGUGGGUGAUAUUUCGCAUAUACCUGAGUUAUUACGAGCUGUUCUACAUGGGAUGUACACUGUAAAAAAGAAUCUGUAUAAUAUAUGGUAAAAUACUGGCAGCUGUGGUUGCCAGAGCUUCACCAUAAAAAAUGUGGUGACAAUAUAUAAGACGUUAUGGUAUGCUUUUUGGCAACCGUAAAUUUAUAGUUGAGAACUGUUGUUUGUUUACGAUAAAUUACUAUGAAGAAAACAGAUAUAUUGUAAAUGUGUUUAAGGUAAUUUGCUUUAAAAAUAACAGCCAUAAUGUAAACCUGUUUACAUCAAACUAUUUUAAAAACAAGAGAUAUACUGUAAACCUAAUUACAGUCAACCUCAGUGAUAAACAACUGUAUAUUACGGUCUUUUAUUGCAAAGUUCAACUUUACAGUAAAUUACCGGCAGCUGUGGUUGCCAGAAUUUCCCUGGCAAAAAAUAUGGUACAACACAUAACGCAUAACAGUUUGUUGGCAUAGAUUUCACAGUCAGCAACUGCUUAUGGUAAAUUACAAAGGAAAUAACAAAUAAAGCCCACUAUAAACCAAAGUACAGGCUGUCACUGAUAAACUUUAAGAAACUGUUUUUGCAUUUACACAUUCUCUGUGAAAAACAAAUUUAACCAAUCCAAUAUCUUGUCCAGUAUACUUACAAAAAGCAGUGUUGAGAUCUUGAACAAACAGCAUAUGUCCAUAUACUGUAUAUGAAGUAUAAUCCAUGGAAUGAAUAAUGAAUAAACAUUAUGAAAAAAUUA